AUAAUCUCGACAUUCCCACUUCUUCCCCAACUCGAGAAAAAACCGGCUACUAAAUAAAUGCACACGUGUAAAAUAAUAUUAUGGGAUAAUAAUAAUAAUAUUCGAAUGAUUUGUUUUACUCUUACUCGAACUUGUGUAUAUAUAUAUCAAAUUCCGAGUCCUCUGAUUUUGGUAUUCCAAAAGCUUGAUCACGAGAAAAGGAUUUUUUGUUGGACGAGAAAUUUAAAACGUUUUCGAAGAUAAAUAGACCUUCUCUUACGGACGAAACCCUUGCUCUUCAGAUUUUCCACUGGUUUUUUCAAUAACCCUAGCGUGUCGGCAAAUAACUAAUUUUUUUUUGUUUUGCAGGUGGUUCGAUGUGGGACAACGAGGAGGAUAAUGGUGCUGCUGGAAGAGUUCCAGAAUUUGGUGCAAUCUUCAUGUCAAGCACCGAGACAAAGAAAGAGUGUUUUAAACAUAAUGUAUUCGCCCUACCAUCUCACAUGGGAAAAUUUGUCAAACAUAUCAAAGCUGGAAUGGUUUUAUUUCUGUUUGAAUUCAAGAAGAGACAACUGUUUGGAGUUUAUCAGGCCUCCUGUGAUGGUGCACUAGAUAUUGUUCCUCACGCAUUUAAUCAUUCAGGGAUGCAUUUCCCUGCACAGGUGUCUUUUACUCCGAUAUGGUAUUGCGACCCCCUUUCCGAGCACGAGUUUCGAGAUGCUAUCAGAGAGAAUUAUUUUUCAGCAAAGAAAUUUAAUUUUGGUUUGUCCAAAGAUCAGGUUCGCAGGCUUUUGUCUUUGUUCAGUUCAAGAAAGUUGGAAAACAAGAGGCCUCCUCAUGUGCUGGCCGAACCAGUCGUUAGAGGAGCUAGUAGGGACAAAAAACUGGCAGGUGAUGACAGAUUUGCAUUAAGCAAGAGUGGAUACAUGGAAAGGAUGGAACAUGGUGAAUUUAACCCCUUUGUAUACCGACGUGACCAUGGGAACUCAUUGGCUAGAGCUAAAGAAGCUGAAGUUUUUAUAGAUGAUGGGGUCAACACUGAACAGAAAGAACAUGCUUUUGCCGGAGGAGAUUUUCUGCCUAAAAAGAGAAGAAGAGAUACCGAUGACAGGUUGAUCAGAAACUACAUGGCAGAAAAUGGAACAUAUAACCAUGGUACUUCACAGACCCUUCAGUUUGAUUCCUCUAUGUAUUCAUCGGAUGAGGGGAGAAAAUUAGCUGAUGGUCGUCGGUUAUCGUCAGUUGAGAGGGUGCGUAAUGGAGGUCAAGUGGAUGGAGUUCUCAAUCCUGUUUUGCCGCCUGAUUACCUGAUAAACCCAUUAGACGCGAGAAGCUCUGAUGAUGAUCGGUUUAUGGAGAGGCUCAGAUUGUUUGAUGAAUAUAAGAUGGACCAUGGUUCCGGGCAGGCAUAUGCAAAAGAUCCCUAUGGAAAGCCUUUAAGCAAAAACAAGUAUGGCAUUGAUGAACACAUUCAUGAGCACAGGUUCUAUGGUGAUUUUCAUCAAAGAGAUCACGGUGUUCAACCGAUGGUUUAUGGAGAUGACAACCUGGAUUUAUUUAGGCAAACAAGGGAAGUGAUGGGCGGUAACAGGGGCUCAAUGACUAGCAAAUUGGAAAAUAGAUAUCAUUUGGACUGUGAUGGUUGUAAUAGCCCUGUUAGUGAUUUUGAGCACUCUGCUGACCUUUUGCAUAAUUUAAGAAAAACAACUGCAGGUGGAAGGUUUCCAUUCAACGAUAGGGUAGAGAGUAAACCUUAUUUUGGUACUUGUUCUAUGGAAGACUUCUCAUCUGAAAAUUUGUCACGUCCAUUGCACAGUGGUCACAGGAUUGUUCGUGACAGUAAUUAUCCGCUUGUAGAAGGAAGAGUAACUGAAAAUAUUGACGACAACAUUUUCUUCUCAACCUUCUCGACCAGGAAAAAUCGAUAUCCUGAAUGCCUUGAUGGGCGAGUAGUUAAUGAUGGAAGAUAUAUGAACAGUGACAGAGGAGACAAUGAAGAGGGUAUUCAAAUGGUUAUUAGCCCUUUCAACACGAUGGAGUAUCCGUCACCCUCUAAGCGAUCGUUUCCUGAGAAGUUAUUACCAGAAAAAAGGUGCUCUCCACUUACUGCAGCUCAUAAUUUUGACUUCUCUCGCUCAAAAUUUGAUGAUGCAGCCAUUAUAAGAGCCGCUGCCCCUUACAUGCCUGAAGAGACCAAUUUUUCUCAUGGAUACUCAGCAUCCAUGGCAGCUAAUUUGAAUUCUAAUUUAGUGCAAGAAAAUCAUCCUCACUAUGCUCCGUUGGGGAACUUCUCUUUUAAAAAUAAGUCGUCACCCUAUUACUCAGAGUUGCAGUCUAGUAGAUACCUUGAUAUCGGGCCUGAAUUUGGGAAUAAAUGUCUAUCUACAAAUGCAUCAGUACACCAAAGUCCAUUGCUUCAUAAAACCACUGGUUCUGUUCUGAACUCCAAAUUGUCUAUGCACACAGAUGUCAAUAACUCUGCUCAUGUUAAUCACAGUGGUCCAUUGUUUCCAAUUUCUGCACCGCCACCUUACAGUGGUUCCGAAAAUACCGAGAGAGAAAAAGGAUUGUUGUUUGCUUAUCCCUCCAAUUCUAAUGAAAAUCAUUGUGCAUUUGAUAGGAAUCUUCCUACAGCAUCCCAACAUGAGAGUGAGCAUGCUCCUCUGCAGGAUAUGUACAUGUUUGCUGGCGAAGAUUUCAUUCGCUCUGGAGCAAAGGAUGUUGGUGUAAGUACUUAUCCAGAAAGAGAGAUUGCAAGUUAUGAGGGUCUGUAUAUGAAUCCGAAGGAGAACAAAAGAGAUGUUGCAAGUUAUGAGAAUCUGUAUAUGAAUCCGAAGGAGAAACGUGAAAUUUCUGAAGCUCCAGAUUUUGGCUCCAAUGUCAACAGAAAAAGUGUUUUCAGUCGCUUGACUUCCAGACAUGAACGCCAGUUGAGUGAAAGAAAAAGUGACAGAGAUUUUAAUUGCCAAGGCGGUUAUACAGAUGCAACAGCUGAUGAAGUAAUGGAGAUGUUGAAGCACGCUAAUAAUCUGUCAGCUAGGAAGCCUAAGAAAUCCAGAGUAGUUGCGCAACCUGAACAUGGAAAAUCUGCUCUAGACGGAAAGCAGAUCAAGGGCAAUAUUGAGAUUAAUCACUCAGCAAUGGAAAAAGAAAAGCCAAUUGAUAUAAGUAAGGCUAUUACAGAGAGUAUUGAUGAAGCGCCUGAAGAGACUCGAGUUACGGAUUUCAAGCGUCGUAGUGAGAUAGAUAAAAAAAGCUUAGUUAGGACCGGAAUUGAACCAGCAAGUAAGGCUAUUCCAGAGAGUAUUGAUGGAGGGCUUGAAGAAACUCGAGCUAUGGAUUUCAAGCGUCGUAGUGAUACAGAUAAAAGCUUAGUUAGGACCGGAAUUGAAUCACCCACAGGUAAUAAAAUUAUUGUUGCUAAUGAAGAGGCCAAGAGUUCCACGAAGACAACUCUGAAACGCAAAAAGCUGGUCAGACCCGUCUUUAGAAACAAUGAAGGCAGUGAUUCACCGCUUCCUCGUCAGAUCCUUGACAAAGGUGAUAAACAAAGUUGUGAAAAAUCCAUUAGCAUUCAUGAAACUAAGAUGCCCAACGCUAAUACUAGGUUAGAAAAUGUUCAAGCUUCAAUAAAUCGUCAAUUCACGGGUGGCGAUAUAAAAGAGCCCUCAAAUUCUGAGGAGCAAAAGGAUUUGCCAUCCGCAAGCAAUGAGCUUAAAGAACAUGUUGCAUCAAAUACGGGUCUUCAAAUUGGCAGCCCACAAGUUCUCCUCGAGGAAACAAUUCAGCUUAAUAAGAGCCAUGGUAUCAAAACUUCUACUGAAGGCGUUUUGUCCGAAGAUAUUGAUGCCAAGGUCAGCAGCUUCAAUCUCGAGGAAUUAAAUUCAGAAGGGUUCAAACUCGCUGCUGGUUGUAGGGACAACCUUAUAGAGGAGGAGAAAUUACGGAUGUUGAGAAGUAGAAUGAAAAUUAUUAGAACUAACUGGACAGGUAUGAAGCCUUCUCAAUAGGAACAUGCCACUGCCCGCUUAUAACACUUGUGCAUUCAUUGCUACACAUCUCCUUCAACCCCUCCUCUAUGGUUUUUGGUCACUAUAUCAGUUUUACAAAACGACGAGUCUUGAAAAAGAUUUGGCAGUUUUGUUAGUGACGUGUACUUGCUGGCCGUUUUUGUUAUCUUUGUUUGAAGAAAGCCUGGAGUAAUACAUCUCUAGCAUUUCUGAAAGCGAAGUGCUGGCAGGACAACUGAUUAGGGGAAUAUAUUUUUGGAUAAUCUUUUUGUGCUUGGUGGCUAGCCCUGCCUUACAAGAUAGUUCUCUUCUGCUUCUUUGUUUUGUUUUUUUUUUUUUUUUUUUUGUAAAGUUCACACCCACUACAGCUAUGGAGGGAGAUGUGUUAUUAAGCAAUAGCCAUGUUCGAGUAAAAUUCCAUAAGAUGUAGAUAGCAGUAUAGCUACUGUGACUUGCGCUGUUUUUUUUCUUUUUUCUUGAAGAAAAUAUAUUUUGAUAUUGAACAUACUUUUGGGGGUGUAUGCAAUGUUUUCACUUAUUUCGUAAGAAGGUUUUGA